GUACCAUCAAGUGUGACGGCUUUCUCCUAGAACAUCACAUGACCUGGCAGGGAGGAGACAGGAAGCAGAUUACAACACGAAGGCAACGGUGAGAACGGAAGCAUUCAGCAUCAGAACAUCAGCAGCGACUCGACUCCGACCACCUGCAGACCAACAUGUCCUCCAAAUACGCUCUGCUCGGACCAGCAGAACCAGACGUCAGGAUGGUGCUAGUUGGGAGAACUGGAGCUGGAAAGAGCGCCACAGGAAACACCAUCUUAGGAAGAAUAGCUUUUGAAUCCACAUUAUCUCCAUCUACAGUCACAUCAGAGUGUCAGAAAGAAGAAGCAGAGUUUGGUGGUCAAAUUCUGGCUGUGGUCGAUACUCCAGGUCUGUUUGACACCAGCAGACCUGAAGAGGAGCUGAUAAGGGAGAUGGUUUUGUGCAUCUCGUUGUCUGCUCCUGGUCCUCAUGUGUUCCUGGUGGUGGUCCAACCGAAUAGAUUCACCAAAGAAGAACAAGAAACUGUGAAACGCAUCCAGACGAUUUUUGGAGAACAAGCAGCACGUUACACGAUGGCUCUGUUCACCCAUGGAGAUGAUCUGAAGGAUGAAAGAGUCUUCAUCGAAGAAUUCAUCGGCAAAAACAAAGAUCUCUGUGAGUUCAUCGGUCAGUGCGGUGGAGGAUAUCACGUCUUCAACAACAAAAACCAGGAUCACUAUCAGGUCAGAGAGCUGCUGGAGAAGAUCAACACGAUGGUUCAGAGAAACGGAGGAAGCUUCUACACCAACGAGAUGUUAGAGGGGGCUGAGAGAGUGAUUCAAGAAGAGAUGGAGCAACUCCAGAGAGAAGAUCCACAUAUGGAUCCUAAAGAAGCAAGAAGACGGGCUGAGAGAAAAAACAAGUUCAUUCAGAAUGUUCUAGCUGCCUUUGGAGGGGUUGGUGGAGCUGCUGCUGGAGCUGGUGCUGGAAUUGCAAUUGAAGUGGCUGGUGGAGGAGCCAUCGGUGCUGUGGGGGGUCCAAUUGGAGCUGCUGCUGGAGUUGUAGUUGGAGCUGCUGUGGGUCUUGCUGUGGCAGCUAUACGUGCGGCAGUAAAGAAAAGAAAGAGUGUUACUCAGUGAUUUCACUGCGAUCAGCUGUCUGCAGCUCAUUAAAGCUGAAUUAAGCUGCAGAUUCUACAAUCAUCUCUGUCAUAUCUAUAAUCUAUCAAUAAUCACAGGAACAGGCUGGAAGCAUCUGAUCACUUCUGGUGUUUCUUGUUUGUCAGAGUCGACUGAUGGAGGAGUUGUGGGGAGUUGAACCAUCAGUGAACAAACCAGUCUUGUGUCUCUCU